UUUGGUGGAUAACAAACCCAGCUCGAUGAUCUGUAAAGAGGGUGCCAUCGAUGUGAUCAGCAUCGGCGGCAAUGUGGUGCACAACAGCAAUACGCUCGGUGGUAGUGUUGCGGGAAAUCAUCAUAAUACAAACGGUGGCAACAACUCAAUGAACGGCCACCAUACGCUGCAACACAGACGCAAGUCACAGCUGAUCACAUUCAGCGCGUCAUCCUGUGAUAUUAAGAACAGUCUCAGCCAUGAGAUUAUACUGGUCAAUAGCAAUUGUGGCAACAGUGCGAACAAUGGUGUCAGCGUUGGCGUUGGUGGUGCUGGUCACGCGCCACGUGGCAGCAUAAUCGGCAGUAUUAGUAAUAGUAGCGCUGUUGUCAUCGGCAAUGGCAGCUCGGGUAGUGGUGGUAAUGCGCGUCUUAGCUUUGCCGAGGAGGAUAUAAUGAUUGUGACCAAUGGCAGUGUUGGUGGCGGCGGUGGUGGUGGCUCAGCUUCAGUUUCCGGCGGCUCGGGUAGUGGUGGCUCCGGUUCGGGUAAUGAUGGUGACCUCGACGAUGAUGUCUUCCGACGCCGUUCACUCGAUGUCGACGAGGAUGAUGAAGAUGAAGAUGUGGAGGAGGACGACGAUGGCCUAUUCGAUGAUGUCUAUGGCACGCACAUUGAUGUGCCACAUAAUGCCAACGACGACAGUGGUGGCGGCAGCUAUGAGGAUUCACAUGCCAUGCACAGCUCGUUGGCGGGCAGUAAUCGCAAUAGUUUGGAAAAGGACGAUGAUGACAUCGAGGCGGAUGUGAUCAGCACAGAUGUCAGCUGCUAUGAUCAGUUGUUGGGCACAAGUUGUAAUACGCGCAAUGAUGAGGACGAAAUAGCGACACUGGUUGGUGAAGGCGAUAGCUAUACGAAACUCUGUAAAACCGGUGUUAAGGGCACAACUACAUUGAAUGGUGUUGGUAGUGGUGGUGUUGGGGAGAACGGUGGCAUCAUAUACGCCAAUCCGUUUUUGGAUGACGAAGGCAUCGCGGAGUCGGGAAUGUAAAAAAUACUAACUACAGUCAAAUUAAAUACUUUAAACUAUUUUUAGAGCUGAACAAAUGAAAAUAUGACGCUUUACGACCUAGCAAACUAACGGUCACACACACCGUUAGAGACUCGAAUGUGGCAGAGCAACUCAAAGUGAAUGGAUAUAAAUAUUGUGAAAUAAGUUAGAAGCAUACUAAUUUACAUAAAAGAUAAACAUACACACAUAUAAAUAUAUAUAUAUAUAUAUAUACAAUAUAUAGGGAAUAGAGGGACAACAGUUAAAGUACUCGUACUGCUAAGAAUUACAAAAACAACAAAACAAUGAUGGAACAUUGUGACAGUAAACGUAAAAGAAGAAUCUCGCCAACAAAGGAACAAAUAUUUAAAAAAUAUUUAUACUUAAAAAACAAGAACAACAACUUAAUUAAAUAAUUAAUUUUUUUUACAUCAAAUGUAUAAUAUAAUAAAUACUAAACAAUAAUGCUAUACCUAUACAUAUAUUAUGCAUAAUUAAGUGUGCAAUUAAAACUAACAAAACAUUGCAUUUUGGCUAAAUGAAUGUAGCGAUAGCAAACGGAUCAUUGGCGGCAACAAACGAAUUUUAGAUUUUUUUCGUUUUUUUUUUAAAGCACUUUUUUAAACCACAAUCACUGUUUAGCAGCAAUUUGUUUAUAAUUCGAAGUUUUUCGUUAAUUAAUUUUAAUAAAAUUUUUUAAAUUGAUUUUAAUUUUUUUUAACUUUAACUUUAAUUUUUUAAAUUAAUUUUAAUUUUUUUAAUUAAUUUUAAUUUUUUUCAUAGCACACAAAUGUGAAGUAUUAAUUGCAUUUUAUUAAUUUUAAUAUUUUUUUUGUGUUUGCAUGCCUAAAAAUGUUUGUACACGCGCAAUAUUGAGCUAUUAACUCAUGUGGCAAAUUUAUAAAUAUGUAUGUAUAUGUAAAAGCUUGUAAUGGUAUAUGUAAAUCUUCUUAUUGUAUGAAAGUUAGGCAAUAU